AGCAUAUGAAGACUUUGCAUGUGGUGUGUUGAUAAAUAUUGUCAUGCCUUAGAUUUUGGUUUAAUUAACUGAAACAAAUAGAAAUGUAGAGUAAGCCUAAAACAAACAUGAUUCUUAUGACAUGCAACCUUAAAUAUGAGGAUAUUACACAAUAUUCUGACUUAGAGGGCACUUGUACAGUGUGAGAGCAUACGGCCAGGUUUGAGCACCCAUGGGGUCUAUCCACCAUGUUUCUGGUUUGGACCUUAAAAGUGUCAUUCGGUGGGAUUGAUGCUGAGGUUGAAGGUGUAACCAGGUAAACGGUAAACUCUAACGUUUGCACGUCUGAGUGGCAUCUACAUUUCAUUUCAAGAUUACUUUAGCAAAGGCCUAACAUUUUAUCCAAAGAAAUUUGCAAUAUAUGAGGUACACAUCAGUUUGUAUUCAUGGGAUUUGAACACUGUAGCAGGAUUAUUCCUGAUGAGUUUGUUUAGAUGCCAGUCUGAACAACAAAUUCCAGGAAACUCCCCACAAACGUUCACUCCACAGGUUGUUCGUCUCGAUACAAACGCGAAGACUGAGACCAGGCCCACUGGUGUACACUGAAAACGAAGAGAUAUCCGGGUUUAAGACGGGCUUAAAGGUAAGCAGGCGUCCACCUCUCGUUUGCCUUCCGCCAUUGAUCAUCACCUGGCCAUGGUCCAGGUAGUUCAACCAUUUCUUAUUUUCUCACUCAUCGUCUUUGUACACGAAAACUUUCAAUUUCCUGAGAGAUCUAAAAAUCGUAUUCGUAAAGGAGCUGUAAGCCCAAUUUAUGAACGGCCUUAAAUUGUUGCCGACAGAGACAUAUUUUCUGUGAAAUACAUCAUUCAACACUUCGGUUAAAUAUCCAACCUGGACCAUUAUGUGUUUUACAAUUGUAAAAGGCGCAUUUUAUUGCUGCAUUAACGAUAUAGGCUACGCAAUGGUUCAUGCGACCAGUGUCCUGACAGCUCGUUGGUGAACUUUAAAUUUGUUGAUAAUCCCACAAGGAAUGUCAUGAUUUGCUUUGUGUUGAAGGCUUGUGACAUGACGGUCCUCGCGACGGUGUGUGUCUGGAUGCUGGGGCUGCCCCUUUCCUGGGGGAGGGCGGUUAUUAAGAAUCAAAAUGAUCCAGUGUUCCUGUCAGAGCAAUCAGCAAGCCUUUUCUUAUCACGCUCUCUGCUCUACAACUCCUGGGAUUUUGAGCUGGCGGUACAAGGAAACAUUGAGAGAGAGUGUAGGGAGGAGAUGUGCUCCUAUGAGGAAGCCCGGGAAGUAUUUGAAGAUGAUAUACAAACGGAUGUAUUUUGGCAGUCCUAUGUCAGCAGUCAAGAGUCUGUUGUUAGGGUGGACGUACCAGGCCUGGUAGCUGGCCUCGUAGCCUUGCUACUGGUGGCUGUCAUCGCCACUGUGCUUGGCUGCUAUUUCUACCAGAACAGAGGCAAGAGUGUGAGCAGAAGUGGCAAUGCUCCUGUGCAGCUCCCAGAUUCACAUCGUCCCCCUGAGUCCAUUCCUCUAUCACAGAACCUUCCUCCAGGGCUGCCCUCCUACUCUGAUGCCCUCCACCGCAGUGGGCAACAUGAUGCCCCCCCUCCACCGUACUCAGGGGGCGCCCCAUCGGAAGCUCCAGGGCCUGAGGAGGGGGACUGAAAUCUGGGCUUCAGAAAACCGGGAGGAAAGAUGUUAUGGUUUUCUGUUGCAUUGGUCAGUUAUAUAUAUAAAAUGUUGGGAUAAACUUAAAUUUCAAGGGAUAAUAGACUUUCAUAGUUUUGAUGAAUGACCUAACUCACUGUAGACUAGGCUACUUCAUGAGAGUGGUGAAGGGAAUGCAGUUUUUGCAGUGAGAAUUUGAUGAAGCACGUUCAACUGUUUUCUUGUUGUCUGAAUUUAAAUAAUAAUAAUAAAAAAUUACUACGUUUUUGUUUGCACAGCUCCUUUCUAGGUUACCGAAGUGUAGCCUAUCUUACUGUAAAACGGGUCAGCUUUGCCGUGGUGGGGAAAUACAACAUAGGCCUACUCAGAUGCAGUUGUUUCUUGUGAUUUGUAGCCAUUUUAUUCAGAUCGUCUCCUCUGUGAGCAGCUGAUGGUCAUCCACUCUAGAUCUGGCUCAGUGGAUUUCAUGCGUUGCCGUGUGGUGCGUGGGUUCCUAGACAAUACUCUAGCCUGGGCGCGCUCCGCAGGAGGAACACGAGAGGGGGGCGUGCGGGCGCGCGAGACGGCAAGAUUGCAAUUCGGCUGGACAGCCAGCCAAUCAUUCAGCUGUCCAACUAAAUGCUUUUGCUGUAUACGAAAACCUUAUUUUCUGCAUUUAGAAUACAGCAUAGA